AGGCUCAAGCUCCAAGAACACUGCACAUCAAUGAAGUCCACUCUGACUGACCACUGCCUUCUUAAAUUGGAAUCACUGCAUAAAAAUGCUUUACAGAUCAUAGAGUGAGUUCACUAUUAAAGAUAUGUUUUCUUCUUCUUCUUUAUUUUGAGGGCCCACGAUAAAUGAAUUGAUCACUCUGGCUCAUAUGUUUCAAAGGGGUUCGCGAUGUUACUGUGCCGUGCAUGAGUUUCAAGGGGAUACUUCACUAUGUUAAUUGCUGGUGUGUGAUCUGUAACGAAGUAUGGGGAAAAUACAACAGAGGUGUCAACCAUUUCUAAUGAAGAAUAUUUUUUAAAAACCCACUAUGGUUUGGUGUGGCGAUAAUGAUUGCAUGGCUGUGGGUAGGCUAAUUAGAUUGCCAUUUUUAUAUGUCCUUUUAGAAAUAUUGGUCUUCUCCGAUUAAAAUCUUUUAUUCUGCAACAAUAUUUCCUGUCACGCAGAUCAUUAACGAAAUCCUUGACACGAAUCCAGAAAAUUGAUAAAAACAUCAACAGCGUCUUGAACUGUCAAAAGCUUCUUAGUGAUAAACUAGUGAAGGUGAGUCGUGGUGAAUAAACUUAGUGAUAAACUAGUGAAGGUGAGUCGUGGUGAAUAAACUUAGUGAUAAACUAGUGAAGGUGAGUCGUGGUGAAUAAAAGAGUUAUUGCGUGGUAAAAGCGUGCAUGUGUAAAUAUCGUUAGAGUGCAGAAAAUGUGCAGUGAAUAUUUAUAUAAUGAUAAGUAUUUAGUAAUUUAAUUUGAUUUAAUUUUUUUAAAAACAUUAAUUUUAAGUAUACAUGGGGAAAAAUAAAAUUUAUUAUUUAAAAAUGAAAUAAAUAUUUAUAUAAUUUUUCUGUUUAUAAACCUUUCUUAAUAUAAAUCAAUAAGCUAGGCAAUAUUAUUAUUAAUAAUUGGGUGUGGGCCAUAUGUUGUGCAGGCCUGCUCUAGAUGACAAGAUACCAACUUAUAUUGUACAUGUGUUCAGAAGCUUUAUUUCAUUAACAAAUCAAAAUGUUUUGGGUGAAGGCAUCCCUCAGCUCACAUAUUAUUUGCAGAAUACUUGAAAUCUAUUUUUAGCCUAAAUAUUUUAUUUUGUUUAGUUUAGUUUCAAUGAGCAUUAUUUCAAUGACCAUUUUGUCUUUAUCAAAGAUCUAUCUACUUAAUUUUACUGGGUAUUCCUACACUGUGAAUUACUAGAAUAGGAAAAAUGCCCGAGUCCCAAAAGCUGAAGAUUGAACGCUGUGUGUAUGAAAAUACUAUUACAUCUUAUCCAAAGUUGAAGACGUCCACCAAAAGCCAGCUGAAAGUGAUGGAGAAAGAUACUGGCUACUUCACUGGACCAGGCAUACAAGAGAGCUCAGGGAGACCAUCGGGCCCACUUGUGGUGUCUGGUGACUUAGCUGUGGUCGGGGCCGAGAGAUUACCUAAAGAGGAGGGAAUGCGAGAGCCACACUUGUCGGCUGGAUUUAAUGAUGAGUACGUUGUCCCCAAAUACCUUAGGCUCUCAACUAACUUUUUAUGACGUUUAAAGCAGUAGUCUGCCAGCAACUAAAGCAGUAGUCUGCCAGCAACUAAAGCAGUAGUCUGCCAGCAACUAAAGCAGUAGUCUGCCAGCAACUAAAGCAGUAGUCUGCCAGCAACUAAAGCAGUAGUCUGCCAGCAACUAAAGCAGUAGUCUGCCAGCAACUAAAGCAGUAGUCUGCCAGCAACUAAAGCAGUAGUCUGCCAGCAACUAAAGCAGUAGUCUGCCAGCAACUAAAGCAGUAGUCUGCCUGCAACUAAAGCAGUAGUCUGCCAGCAACUAAAGCAGUAGUCUGCCAGCAACUAAAGCAGUAGUCUGCCAGCAACUUAAGCAGUAGUCUGCCAGCAUUUUCUUGAUGGCAUCUUUUGGUAUCACUCAGCCAUAUAAAAAUUGUAUUUUAUCAAGUCAAAAACUUACUAAUGAGUGAAGAAUUAGGAAAUCAAUAUUAUUUAAUUAAUUAUAUUUCGGAAAAAUUCCUUCGGGUUCGGUGUGCCUGCCAGAGGUUGUCCCUCAAUUGCUAGCCUGAAUAAGUAUUAAAUAGUUUAAAACUAAUUCAAAGUUGCAGUAAUUGAGUCAAAUUGAAUGCAGAACGAAACUUCCCUAAAAACAAAUUUUAAGUAGCGAAAUCAUAAUUUAGUUUGAACCAUUUUGUAUUCAUUUAUACAACUGUAAGACAAAGCUGCUAUAUGCUUACUUUUACUUUUAAACAAAACAAAAAAGCUAUGCUAAACGAAGUAGCGGCAGUUAUCCAGCUUGUAGCUUUACAAGACUAGUCGCCGAUCCAAUAUAAAUUGAAUACUAAAUCGCUUAGAAUAGAAACAUAUCAGAAGACUCAUAAUGUGUAGUAGUAGUAGUAGGUCUCACUCUUACUUGCUUUAUUUUCAGUGUCAAACUAGUGUCUCAUCAAAGCUUGGUGCUGGAAAACAAGCUGCAGCAGUUACAGAAGAUGUUGAAUGAAAACCUAAGUAUCAUUCAGAGGUAUGCUUAUGCUGAUCUUUAUACUGGUCAUCUUCGGUCAUUCAUGGACAUAAUUCUCAGGAACUCUCUCUUCCUGUUUUUACUUUCAGUUACUGGAAUAGAAGGAAAAGACUUUUCUUUUUUUUAAUUUAUUUAUCCACAAGGCAAAAAUCUAAUAAACAAAUGCAACGAUUUCUUAGACUUGAAAAAUAAUUAUAAUUUAAUUAUGUCCUUUAUUAUAGCGUUCUGUUUUGAAUUCAUUCCUAUCAGUCUUGAUGACAGCAGCCUUCAAAGUCGGGGAUCCAUGAGUAGAAACGCCAGUGCAAUAUAUCAACCUGACCUAGAUGGCAACACAUGAAGAAGAAAAAGCAGCGCCCAGACUUUCCCUGGCCAUUGGCUCCUGGCGUCCAUGCCUGCCACAUCACAGACAUCACUUGCUGAUCAGGGCGUUUGAUCAGAUCACUCACUUGGUGGAGAGUGGCAACUACAGUCUCAUCAAUGCCUUAAAUCUUGGAGAAUCGACACUAAUACUGUGUAUUAGUAUUAG